CGCGGAUGCUGAGGCUGCGAACGUCGGAGGGGCUCGCGCACUGUCCGGGAUGUGAGAGAGCGACGAGAUGGAGACCAGCAUCCGUCUUUACCCGCAUCCGAUGGAUCUUGGGAGUGAAGCCAAGAUGUGACCGUCACGGAGCGACAUUGUUUGGAUCUCCCGAGCCUUUCCAACACUCGUUUCUAUAGCAACAGAAAGAGCAGAGUACCCAAAAAAGUCCCAUUCCCAAAAUGCAGUCCUCCCAGCCCACAAAGCUGCGGCGCUUUGACGCCAGCAGACGGACAAAUAACUUAGCUGGACCAAAGUCUCAAGUCCCUGGUUUUCAGAGGGAGGAUAAAAACAUGAACACAAUCUCUGCAUCCUCACCACGCCGGGUAACUAGGACCCCCGCUGCACCCACCAGGACCAGGGUAGGAGUGCAGCCUCGAGCUCCAGUGAACCCCUCCAGGUUUGGGGCUCAAAAACAGGUUCCCACCAUCCCCAAAUCGACUAAACCCAAACCCAAACCCAAGACCACUCGAGCAUCUGCAGCAGCCAAGAUUGCACCAAAAGCUGCUGCUCCUCCUCCUGCGAUUCCAGCUGUUCUCCCUCUUGACCCAAAUUGCAACGAGCCGAGCCUCCCGUGUCUGUGCUGCGAUGGUCGCUCCCCGCAGGACAACAACAGCAUGUUCAACCACAACCACAACAACAACAACACCAUCUCUAUGAGGCAGCAGCUACAGCUUCCUCCUCCUCCUGCCCCUGUGCUUCAGAGGCAGGAUGGGAAAGGGGCCAAGGAGAAACCUCAGCCUCCAUCACAGGCACAGGCCCAGCUGGAGUCGGCUUCCCGCCCUGCUGCGAGUCUGGAAAACGAAGACAAGGAUGGCGAUGAAAGCGCUGACCUGGACAACAAGAAAAAUGUAAAGGUAGAGGAAGAAGAUGACGAGGAAGAGAGUAGUGGGGACAUUGAUAUUGAUGAUGAUGAAGAGGAUGCUGACAAUGAUGAUGACGAUGACGAUGAUGAUGACACUCUGGUCCCCUCGUGCUGUGACUGUCCUCCCUCCCUCCUGGAGUUCUCACUCUCCUCCUCUACCUCCUCAUCCUCCACUUCCAUCAGCUCCUGCUCUGAUCUGGAGUCUGACUGUGCUGAUCAAUCUGCGUCCAUCUGCUCUUCCCACGACCAAGAAGAUCUUUCUGUCACUUUGUCCCCCAAAGACCACUCUCUUCCACUGGGCCUUGAAUCUAAGCCUCCCGCACGCCCACCUCCAUCGCUCCCUCUUGGCCGCAAUCCUUUCACCGGAAGGUCACGUUCCCCGAUGUCCCCGUGCUCCCCAGAUGAAGGCUACCCCUCUGCCCUGGAUUCCCCAUCCCCUGAUUAUCUAGGAGUCAAAGGUGAUACUGAGAUAACUAAACUAGGUUUGCUUGACUUCCUAGAAUCAGUAGGGGAGUUUGGGAAGAUGGAGCGCUUCAGCCAGGUGAUCCAAGUGGCCCGCUGGGAUCUGGAAGGGGAACAGCAGUGGGAUGUUCUGAGGGAUCGGUUAGAUCACCUUGAUCGCUUGGAGAAAGUUAACAGGGAGGUAAAGCUGGCCUACAUCGCCAGACUACAUGAGAAGGGAUUCGAUCUCGGAGACCUGGAAGAGCAGGAUCUCUCGGAUGUCAUGGAUGAAAUGGGCAACAUAGACAUUUCCUGGAAGUUGUAUAAAAGUCGUGGGGAGAUGAUGAAGUCGUCGGUCUCUCAGCAGUUCUCUGAUGCUGGGGUUGACCUCACUGCUCCAUCAGACUGCGACGAACCUCUCGUCCCGGAUUCUCUCACCCCUUCCCCUGUCGAGCCACCGCCCAGGCCCCCCAAACCUCCUGCCCGCCAUGCCAGUGUGAGCUCUUACCUCCACACGUACAUCAAUAUCAGCAGGGAGACCACCUCCAUGGCUGUCUCCACCUCUCCUACAUUGUCCACUUUCUCCCCUAACUCAUCGUCCCCGACAUUCACCACCUUUAGGUGCGAGAAACCCCUACCUCCAUCGCCACCAUGUGUUCCUCCUCUCCCUGCAUCUGCUCCCUCUAAACCUGUCCCUUAUCUCACCCUCUAUACCACUCCGUCACCCCCUAGAUCUCUCCCCACCCCAACUCCUCCCAUCCCUCCCCCUCGGAGACGCCACCUGGCCAGGAAGGAGGCACAGCGUCUCGCUGCUCUUAAUGUCGAAAAGGAAAAGACCCCCCUGUCCCUUCCACCUCCCACUUCGCGGCCCCCGCCUCUUCCUCCUCCACCUCUUAUCUCAGUCUCCUCCUCAUCUCCCCCUGCCAUACCUCCUCCACCUGUCCUGCCUCCUCCCCCCUCCUUCCACGCACUGGAUGUAGAGAUUCGUAAGCUGCUGAUGCUUGCAGGAUUGACCCAAGCUGAACUCCUCAAACUCAGCCCAGAGCUUGGUGUCUGUGUCGGAGGGUUUGAGGAUGAGGAAGAGGGAGACACUCUUCCUCCGUCUAGGUCUGUGGAGCCAUAUGAGUUCAGACUAAGAGACAGGGAGGAGGAGAAGGACCAUUACACUGGUUGCAUGUAUAGAAAUGGAGGCAGCAGCGGAGGCAAGUUGGAUGGACAUCGAAGAGUAGAUGUAGCUGGAGAAGGCGAGAAGAUAGAGGACGCACAAAGAACCACCUCAUUUACAGAGAUGGCAAAAAGAAAAAAGAGGAACAGUGGUCUGACGUCUGAUCAUUACUACACCACCGGUAUUAGCAAUACACAUGAAACUAAAGAAAACAACAUGAGCUUUGAGACUUUCCAUUAUGCUGAAUUACCCAAUUCUCCUCCCCCUCCUCCUCCCCCUCGCCCCUUACCCCCAAUCCCCCCGUCUGUGCCGUCUCUCAAAGUCAGCACUCUCCCUGCCAACUCUGCUCAGCCUGAGCGAUUUGAUUGGCUCAUAGCAUUCACACCUGAAUGUGACGCCCUUCUGCAACCUCCGCCCCUGGCAAUGAGGAAAUCUCAAAAGGAAAUCCAAAAGAAGCUUGCUCCUUCAGGGUCAUCUCCAGGGUCGGCCCCGAUCGUCACAACAUUCAAAGAGCUGCGUUUCCGCAACAAGAACGGCUCCCCUCCAACGAGGGUGAUCAUGGAACCGGAGCCUGACCCCACCGUCAUCACGCCGGAUCCAGACAUACUCUACAACCUGAGGUGGAGGAGAGAGAAGGAGGGCAACGAUGGCAUCCCGUGGGAGUACACCUCUCAGGCUCAGGCCCUGUUCAUGCAGCCACCACCAGCUCUCACCUCAAUGGCUGCUCUCAAGGAGAUGCUCCAGAGGGCGGACGAGCGGGGCAGACAACCAGAGCUGUGCCCGUUACAGAAGAUCGGCUGCUCGGUCAGUGAAAACAGCCUGUGGACCAUGGGCAGAGAGUGGGAGGGCGAGGAAGUUCAGAGGGAGGAACAGGAAGGGAAGGAGAAAGAAAAAGAGGAGGAGGUGGAGGUGAGAGGACAAGCUGAUGGAGGAAGAAACUUGCAAUCUAGAACUACAGCUGUUCGCAGUGUCUCGUUCGCCGGCUCUGUUCAGAGGGCAGAGACGUCCUGGAUGGGCGAAGAUGUGCAGAUUCCGAUGAGAGGUCUUGGCCUGUCCUCUCUGUGCCUGCAGGAGAAGAAAGCUCUGGUCAGUGCGGUCAGUGUGGCAGUGGAAGCCAUUUUGGCCCAGUUCAGUUCCUCUCGGACUGUGGUUCAGAAGGCCUUAUCAGGAGACAGCUCUAUUAAUCCAUCUUUGGGCCGUCUGGUGCUGCAGUGCCUCUGCCACGCCCUGCACAACUUGCUGACCGAUGGCUUGAAACCCCAUCAGAGUGACCUGAUUGCCGGCAGGAGGCCAAACUCGGCAUGGGGCCUCGUCCAGGCCUCAACCAAGCCAGGUCAUAAAACACAAGCAUUGUUCAACUUACAAGUUCGAGUCGGGGAGUUGCCGCAGCUCAGAAAGAGCAAACACAGGUUCAAUGCAUUCCUCCUCGGCCUACUGAAUAUCAAGUUUCUUGAUUUCUGGCUCUCUCACCUUCAGUCGUGCAGUGAUGUGUUGGAGACAUUCUACUGUCCCACCUCCUUCAUGCGUCUAUCCCGCACCACCUGCCAGCCUCUGUUCGAGGAGCUGCUCCUGGUGUUGCAGCCCCUCAGCCUGCUCACUUUCAACCUCGACCUGCUCUUCCAACACCACCACUUAGAGCCAGACUGUCACAGCCCAGAGAUCCCCAGUCCGCCCUGUCAGGACGCAAGGUUCCAGCUGUCAACAAAGGGGUCCCAGUCCAAAAGCACAGGCAGCAGAUAUAUUGAAAGCCUCACAGAAGUGGACUUUGGAAGCUCAGAACAUCAGGCAGCUAGAGAUAAACUUUCACCACAGGCUCCAAAUCCAAAGAACGAAGGAUCUCCUGUCAGUGCUGCGCCCAUGAAAGCUCCGGCCUCUCUCAUCCACACAAGCCCUCAGCUUCAGUGGGUGCAGGAGAAGGAAAUUGGAGCGUUACCUCUUGAUUUGGACGAGGACAGCCUCACUCAGCAAGCAGGACAGGUGAUCCAGCAGGGAUGGGGCGCUGUGAUUCGCUGGGGAGGCCGACUGCAACAGAAUCUGACUGAGCUGAGUCAGAAGAGGGAAGAAGUGAAGACUGAUUUACCGGACCUCCAGAGCCCGACAGGCAGCGACUACACCCCGGUCAGCAGUGGCUCUCAGGUUCCCUGGAGUCUGGGUCGGCUGUUUGGAGCCUCUAAAGGACCCAGCAGCCCGACGGGUCACACACCACCAACCAGGCGUCCCUCUCAGUGGCUGGCUCCUGGUGUCUCGGCACUGACCCGAAUCAUGAGCAACAGUCCCGCUCAUAUGAAGGGGGCCACAGAGCCUCAGGGAGAAAGUGAGCCAGAGUCAGAGAAAGAGGCUGAGCCACUGGAGAUGAAGGACAAACCCCGGCCACUCAGGUCCAUCCGAACGCUGUGUGACCACGCCGGAGCCGGUUCAGAGCUCACCUUCUGCAAAGGCGAGGAACUGGUGGUGCUGGGAGGCGUCGACCAGGACUGGAUUCGCUGUCGUCAGGGAGACAAAGAGGGGCUCGUACCUAUUGGCUACACGUCCCUCAUCAUGUGACUUUGGCGCCGUAACUGCUGCACUCAAUCAUUAAUGAAAAAAAACAAAACAAAAAAAUAUAUAUUUUAGGCGAGUAUGGCGAGGUUGUGGUGAGGCUCCUCUACUCUGAAAGGGAUAUUUUACACUUUUGCUCGGUUUAGAGUUUGAGUUGAGUGCAUAACACCAUCUGCUCUGCUUUUCGUUCAUCACGAGCAGGCUGCAGCUCUCUCCCUUCAGCAACAUAAGGGAGGUUGUUUUUUUCCGCCAUCACAAUCCAUCCAGUUUGGUAGCAACUAAUGGAUCUUAGCAGCAGGACUGCAGCAGAUGGUGUGAAAUAAUGACUCAAGUCAAAUUUAGACCAUUUCACACAGGAAGAGCGUUGACGUCGGAGUGAAGUAUCCCUUUAAAUGCCCUUUUAGUCCUCAGUGUCUGCCUUCCUUGCCUUUAGCCACUGAUUUGAAAAUGAUCACAGGGGGGGAAAUCUGCGCAAUCGACCAAUGGCAGAUUCACACGUUUUCAGAUCAGCGGCUGCUCGUUGUGAGGAGGCGGCGGUCGACAGCCCGAUGGCAGCCACGUAAAUAUCUCUAUCCGUCAGCAGCAGAGAGUGGUGGUCGGCGGGUUGUCGAGUGGAGGAAGCAUGUCAGAGUACUGGGCCGUAGCCCCCGUUGCAUACUGCGUAGUAAUGUUGUGAAUUGUAGCUGUGUACAUCUGUGCUCUAUUGACCUUUCACCCCUAUUGACCUCUCACCUUUAUCGCCUGGUUCAUGUGUGUUUUACAUGUUUCUGCUUCUAUAUUUGACUGUAAAAUAUACAUAAAAUAUAUAAAUAUAAAUAUAUAUAUAGGUAUAUAUAUUGAGAUUAUUACCAAGAUAGAUAGAAAGAUAGAAGAAGAGGAAGAAGCAGGUGGUGAGAGACGAGCAGCAGCUUGAGAGGAAGUGGAUGAGUAAUAAUGGAAGGAUUAUUUCUUUGUCUUUACAUCUACAUCUUCUCACAUAAAUCAGGUGGUUGUCAUACACAAAAAGAAAGGUGUGUGUGUGUGUGUCUUUUAGGUAUGAAAUCCAACAUCUUCCCUCUUGUGUACUUCCAUCGUCUUGUCGUCAUAUCUAUCAAAUAAUUAGACAUAUAGUAUUAUUCAUACCUGUAUGCAUUGUAUUGUGCCAUUAAUGCUUUGAAUUAAUGCCAGAAAAUACCCACAUGUCCCACUCAGCCAUAGACGAAUAUCUGACAACAGCAAUCUGUAGCUUUUCUCUCCACUCGUCCAAAACCUCACCGGGCCGAUGUGGGUCAAAGGGAAAGCCUCUCACAAAACUGUGCUCAGCUCUCGUUCAACACUAUCUUAACUUAAAGCUUAUGAGGGAAUCCAUUCAAUCAUAACUCAAACCUGCUACUCUAAAGUCUGCAGGUUUGGUGGCUGGACUUCACCUCGUACCUCAGCUCUUUGUAUUUAAUGUAAUUCCUGCCAUAAUUUGCUGAUCAUGAUCAUUGAUAUUAAUGAUAGUGGUAGUAGAAGUGGUGGAAGUGCUUUGUUGAAUCUGACGUUGAAAUAUGUUCAAUAUGUAUUUAUUCGUUAUUCUCUAGAUUCUGUAUCCAUGACUAUGCAUAGGGGUAAAUGUACAACAAAAACACUUUUUUUUUUACAAAGUCAAGAUUAUAAUUUAAUGCUCUCAUGCAAAUUCUGAAGUAAUCAUUCAAAGUUCAAAUAAGAGUGCUCUAAAAAAUACAAAAAAUAAAGGACCUCAGUUUAAUUCAGCAGCAAAGUUUCAAUGCAAUUAAUCAGGGAAAAAUUCAGUCCUUCAAAGUUUCCUCAUCUUAUUGUGUCACUGCCAUGUAGCAUGAGAUUACUGUCACUAUGGCAAGGGUCCAGUAGCAUUAAAUUAAACCAGUGCUCAUAUCUUGUAACUAAUCAUCACAACCAGAUGCCAUCAAAUGGAUAUUUCAUAGAUGUUUACAACAAAAAAUGUCCAGAUAGAUAUAUGUCAAACAUAAUUUCACACAUUGACACAUGACGCUGUGUUAAUCAAUUUUUUGUAUGGUGGAUAUUUGUUCCAAAAGUGAGAUUAUAUUCUAAAGGCAUUUAUUUUGAAAAUCGUUAAUUUAUUGGAUGUGCUACUUAGUGAUCUUGAGGUUUGUUUGAAAGGGAUAGCUCUCCAUCUGACCCAUCUAGUGUCUCUCUAUCUAUCUGGGUUCUGUGCGUGUGUAUGUGUGUAUGUGAGUGUGUACCUGGCAGCGUGUGAGGCAGUGAAAGCAGGGAUGAGUGUCUGCACAUCCUGCACUUUCACUCGUGUGUGUGUGUGUGUUUGUGUGUCUGUUUAAGUGUACUGUUCCCCCCCCUUUCUCCCUCCUCUCCUCUCUUUCUCUCAUUGGUGUCAUGUAGCCUGUAGACAACCCCCAAGUAUCCUACUAUUGCAUUUAGUUGAGUGCCCCCCUAGUGUCAGUCACCGUCCACCUCCUGCAUGUGCUUGUUUGUAAAUACACCAAAUAAAAUGAUCAGUAUAAACCGAA